AUGCCCGAUGAAUCGCAGUCCAAGCGCCCCGCUACCAGGCGAUCGCACAAGAAGACGCGCACCGGCUGCGUGCAGUGCAAGCAGCGCCGCGUGAAAUGCGACGAGAAGAAACCCUCGUGCGGCAACUGCAUAAAGCGAGAGCAGUCAUGCAGCCUUCAAUUCGUCGUCCCCAAUCUGCCCUACAGCCGCCCAACAACCCAAAAGUCGACCCUUUCAGAUAGCAGCAGCCGCACCCAAUCACCCGUCGCCCUCGCCCCAAACAUACAGCCAAAUCCCGCAUCCCCGUCGCCGGCACUCGCAUCCCCAGCCCCUACUUCAAUUCCACUUACCUUCUCUGUCGAGGACAUGGAACUCUUGCAUCAUUACACCGUCUCCACCAGCCUUACCUUCUCCACCCGCUCCGACGUCCUCGAAGUCUACAGAUUAGCCGCCCCCGAAAUCGCCUUCUCGGAUCCACCCCUGAUGCACGGUCUGCUCGCCAUUUCCGGUCUGCACCGCGCUCACUGCUGCAGCGACAUCGAGAAGCGCCGCCGUUACAGCACCAUCUCUGCCGCCCAUCAGAACAUUGCCCUCUGCGCCUUCCGCGAGCGCCUGACCAACCUGACCCGCGAGACUUGCCCUGGCGUCUUCCUCUUCUCCGCCUGGCUGGCCCUGUAUGUUCUCGGUUCCAUGCACCGCCUCCAAUCCGCCGACCCCAAUGCCGCCUCCGUCAUCGACUUCGAGGAUCCGUCCGAAUGGAUGCGCCUGAUGCGCGGCGUCCCGUCCAUCCUGCGCCAGAGCGCCGUGUGGGACUGGAUCCGCGAGAGCCCUCUGCGACCCAUUCUCGAGCCGGGCUUCGUCACCGAAGAGCCGCUGUCCCCGGACAUGGAACGUCGCUUCGCGACGCUGCGCCGCGUGCUGGUCGACGAGCCUCUACCCAUAUCAACACCAGACGCCCCUCAGAUGGACGACGAGGAGCGCAGCGUCUACGCCGAGUGCCUGUCCAUGUUGCAGAUGUACACGGCCUUCAUCCUGCGGCCUUCGACGCCCGAGGGCCCGCUAGACCUGGUCGGCACCACGAUGAUCUGGCCGAACGUCGUGCCCGAUCGCUGGGUCGAUUAUCUGGGACAGCAUCGGCCCGGUGCCCUGGUGAUGCUGGCUCAGUUUGCAGUGCUGGUGAACAACUUGCGCGGCUUCUGGUGGGCCAAGGGUUGGGGCCAAGGGCUAAUCGUCACCGCGUGGAAACUGCUGCCGCCCGAGUGGAAGAGCUUAGUCGAGGAUCCGGCGGAGCGAGUGGGCUGUACGCUGGGUGCGAUAUAG